UAUAUUUGAGGGGGUGCUCCUUGAUGUCGCGACAUGCCCCCAUUGACAGAAGACUCCCUUUUUACCCUCAAAAUCUGCCCCUUUUCCUGCUGCGAAGGGUCACGGCAGCCGCCGCAAUGGGGGGGUCCUGUGGCCCCGCAGCCCCUUCCCCUCAGCCCACACUGGUUAAAACACUCCCAGUACCUCCCCCCGCUCCAAAUUUAGGGCGUUUUGUCCCAAAAUGAUCCUUGAUGUAUUUAGCACCAGUAAAUUUAGAGGGUCACUCCGCAGCCCCCACAAGCAAAGUGACGCUGGGGCUCAUCCCCAUCCCCACAGAGAGGCGGGAGAAUCCCAAAACUGCUUUUUUUUUUUUUUUUUUCACAUUUUGAGGAAAACAACACCCCACCAGGACAUUAGUGAGCAUUUUUUUCUCUGUGCAAAGUGGUUUUUUUUCAAUUUCCGCCCAGACCCGCUGCUCUUGCCGCCAGAGGGCCCCGGCCAUUGUGCACAGCACUUUUCUCCCUCUUCCCCCCCCAACCCCCCCCCCCCGCCUUUUUUUUAUUAAUUCCUUCUUUCCUUCCUUCCUUCUUUCCUUCCUUCCUUCCUUCCUUUUUUAAACUCUUAUCGUUUAGGAUAUCGGGGGGACGGGGCUCAUCCGCUCCCCACGUGCGCGUCCCCACUUUUUUGGGGAAAAAGGGGCUUUUUUUUGGAAAGUAAAGGGACGGGGGUGGGGCGGGCGCCUUUGCCGACAGCACCUCCCGAGCCGGAGAGCCGGACCUGCAGUAGGAUGGCAAAACACCGAGGAAUAAAUGAAGCAGGAUGAGAUGCUGGUGGGGGCUCCAAAAUAAAUAAAAAUAAAGGGAAAAAUAGCAGGAGGGAUCCGUGCUGGAAAUCGGCCGUUUAUGCCCAGCAUCACCCGGCCAUGGAGCCCUGUGUGGUGCUGGACCCACGACAGAGAGCUCUGUAUCGCGACGUGAUGCAGGAGAGCUACGAGACACUCAUGGCACUGGAAUUCCCCAUUUCCAAGCCUGACCUCCUGUCCCGCCUGGACCACGGGGAGGAACCGACAGCCCUGGAUCUCCACAUAUCCCAGGAUACCCCAGCUGCAGAGCAUGGAGCAGGAGCAGGGCAGGAAGCACCUCAGGAAGAACCUGCUGAGGAAAAGCCCAACACAGACAAGAAGCACCCUCAGCUCUCCGCAAGCUGGAGCGAGAACCACGCUGCCAACACCUGCGGCGAGUGUGGGAAGACCUUCAGCCACAAAUCAGCCCUAGUGAAGCACCGGAAAAUCCACACUGGCGACCGCCCACACACAUGUCCUGACUGCGGGAAGGGCUUCAUCCAGCGCUCCGACCUCACCAUCCACCGGCGUGUGCACACAGGUGAGCGGCCCUACGGCUGCCCCGAGUGCGGGCGCCGCUUCAGCGUCAGCUCCUCGCUGCUCACGCACCGGCGCACGCACGUGCCCGGCACCACUCGGCCUGACCGCUGCCCUCAGUGCGGCCGCAGCUUUGCUGACGCUGCAGCGCUGGCCCGGCACCAGAAGAGCCACCUGGGCGGGAAGCCCUUCGAGUGUGGCGUGUGCGGCAAGGCCUUCGCCUGGAGCUCCCACCUGGAGCGGCACCGCCGCAUUCACACCGGGGAGAAGCCCUUCCAGUGCACGGAGUGUGGGCGGGCCUUCGCCUGGAGCUCCCACCUCGACCGCCAUAUGCGCACCCACGUCACCACCAUCGCCGCCGGGGAUGAGGAGGGUGUGGAGGCAGAAGAGGAGCAACUGCCGGCCCCGCGGAAAUGUGCCGACUGCGGGAAGCGCCUCAACCACCAGACAGACCCACAGCGCUUUAAGCACAAGGGCACGCAGACCCCGCUGGCUGUCGCCGGCGCUGACCUUGCGCCACAGCCCCACUGCUGCGAGCAAUGCGGGAAGUACUUCAGCCACAGCUCGGGCCUGCUCAAGCACCGACACGUGCACAGCUCCGAGCGGCUGCACCCCUGCCUGGACUGCUCACGCCGCUUCCGCUGCAGCGCAGCCCUGGCCAAGCACCGGCGCAGCCACGCACAGCCGUCCAACAACACUGACAAUGCCACGCCAGCCACAGAGGAAGCAGCCAAACCGUACCCGUGCGGGGCGUGCGGGAAGAGCUUCGGGUGGGUGUCACACCUGGAGCGGCACCGCCGCGUGCACACUGGGGAGAAGCCGUUCCGCUGCGGAGAGUGUGGACGCGGCUUCGCCGUGAGCUCCCACCUGGAGCGGCACCGGCGGGUGCACACAGGCGAGCGACCCUUCCAUUGCGGCGACUGUGGCAAGAGCUUCGCCGUCAGCUCCACGCUAGUGGCACACCUGCGCACCCAUGGCGCUCAGCCCGGCCAACCCCACGCCUGCCCCGAGUGCGGGAAGGGUUUCGGCUCACCGGCCGGGCUGGAGCGGCACCAGCGGCUGCAUCGCGGCGAGAAGCCGUAUCAGUGUGGGCUCUGCGGGAAGGGCUUCUCCUGGAGCUCCCACUACGACCGGCACCGGCUCACACACACUGGGGAGAAGCCCUUCUCCUGCGCCCACUGCGGGAAGUGCUUCGGCCGCAGCUCCCACCGCAACCGACACCAACGUGCCCAUGCCCAGCGCGGCCCCGAAAAGCGCCACGUGUGCCCUGAUUGCGGCAAAGCCUUCAGCCUUGGCACGGCCCUGGCGGCCCAUCAGCGCCUGCAUGGUGCCGGUGCCCGCAGCCCCCUGUCCCUGCUGCCACCCGCAUGGUGGGAGGGUGAACAACGAGGAGGGACAGCCACACCCCCUGAGCUGUGGCCUGAGGAUCCCAGCUCUGCUUUCCAGAAGCAUUCCAUGCCUUCCUCCUCUGCAGCGCCCAGGGGCUGGGCGGUCAAAGCUCUCCUGCCCCUCACUGGGGCAUGGAGGCCUGGGCAGGGGGACGCCCUGCAAAGUGAUGCCGCAACCCUGCCAGAGCCCUGGGUGUCCCUUCCUCCUACCAGCUCCUGAGGUGGGACUGGGGUGCUCAGAGUCCUCCUCUAGUUUUGGGGACACCCCAUGGAGAGUGGUCUGUGCUCCUGCCCCAGGAUGGGAAAGGGUUUGGGGGCCCAGGAUACCCCAGAAUGAGGGUCAGGGUGGGGAUGG